AUGUUUCCUGGGAGUUUAUUCUUCACGAUUUUACUCAUUUCUCAGAUUAAAGAAAAGGUCAUCCUUGAAGUGAAGGGUCAAGAAAUGGUUUAUCCUAAAAGGCUUCCUCUGAUACAAAAGCAAGAUAUUUGGCACACCCAUGAGGAUGACAUACAGGUACAGGGCAAAGAAGAAUUGUUGUAUGAACUAAGCCUAAAUAGAAAAAUCUUGAAAAUUCACCUUUUAAAAUCAAGGCAGUUCCCAGCCUCAGAUUACAGUGAGACAUACUACUCCACAAAAGGAGAGCAGAUCACCAAGUCUCCUCAGAUCACGGAUCACUGUUUUUACCAAGGAUCCAUCAUACAUGAAUUUGAUUCUGCUGCCAGUAUCAGCACAUGUAAUGGUCUGAGGGGGUUCUUCAGGGUGAGUGACCAAAGGUACCUCAUUGAACAAGUGAAAUAUUCAGAUGAAGGAGAACAUUUGGUGUUCAAAUAUAAACCCCAGAUGCAGCAACCUGCCAAUUAUUCUUGUACAGAGUUCAAUUUUACCAGGACAGCUGUUCCAAAUGACAAUACUAAAUCCAUGGAAGACUCCAAAAUGGAAAGUAUGGAAAAAGAAAAGUAUAUUGAACUGUUCAUUGUUGCUGAUGAUAACAUGUAUCGCAGGAAUAAUCACCCUAACCAACUGAGGAAUCGAGUUUGGGGAAUGGUCAAUUUUGUCAACAUGAUUUAUAAAACCUUGGACAUUCAAGUGACAUUAGUUGGCCUUGAAAUAUGGACAAAUGGAGACAAAAUAGGUAUAGAUUCUAAAAUAGAAACUACCUUAUUACGUUUUUCGGCAUGGCAAGAAAUACUCCUUAACAAAAGGAAGAAUUUUGAUCAUGUUAUGUUACUCAGAGAUGACGAACCAGUCACACUGAUGGUGGAUAACGGUGAACUUGAGUGCCAGUGUGAGGCAGUACGGGCAUCUGCGGAAUGGGAGGAAACCUUAAAUGUUACCAAUAUCUCCACCCUGGUGGUUGUGCUCAUCCUGGUUUUUACUGGUGGUGUGGUUGUCAUAGUAUUAAUUCGUUACAAAAAAUGUAUUAAGUUGAAGCAAGUUCAAAGCCCACCGAGAGAAAUCCUAGGAGUGGAGAAUAAAGGAUACUUUGGUAAUGGGCAGCAGACUAGGACUGAGUCCAUCUUACCUGAUAUUCACCCCCUACAUAAACCUGCAAAUAAAGAGCCAAGAAGAAUCACAGAUCCCAAUCCAAGUGCCAAAGUGGGGGUGCUUGUGAUCCUGGAAUCUUUUCUGUGUUUUACAACUACUUCAGGUUCUGGACGAUUCUUUCUCAACAGAACGGGGCUCUCCCUGGGUGAUGUUUUAGUUCAGUUUAGCAUGCCUGGGAAACUGUCUGAUGCUGCCUCCACCAUCUGUGUUCAGGGAAGGAAAACCAGCAGAAUUAUUGACACUUAG